GUAUUUGGGAGAGAAUUGUAACCUGUAAGGAUGCAACGACAGAUGGAGAGGGAGAGAGAGUAAUUGAUCUAAUAUUGGAAAAAAAUAGUAAAAGAAUAAAAAAGCAGAGGCGCACAACUGGACGUCCGAAAACAACUUUUUCUUCUAUUUUCCCCCACUCCUGUCCCAAUUUCCAUGAUAGUCCUAUGGAAGUUUUUCAACAUGGAAGCAUCAUGACUCUUCAUGACAGACUGCAUGCGUCAGUGAAUGAAUGCAUAAAACGCACCUGUUUUGAUGCAAACUAGCAACCAUUAGCGCCUGCCCAGAGGCAACUGUAAAGUUUAGCACAGGCAGCUCUAUCGACAAGCAUUUUGCAGCCAGCGUGAACCUCAUGCCGAUCACAAAAAAAAAAGUAGGUGACAGGAACUCCUUUCCACCUGAGCUGUUUUUCUUUUCAACAAGUGACAUGAAUCAAUAACAAAAGGCUGCUUGGCUUAACUGCUUCGCUAAGUCCUCAAAAGUCUUUUAGUGCACAAUGGAGGGAGUAAAAUUGCCCAGAUAAAGACAUACAGCAACUCAGGGAGCUGAAUAUACACUGGCGGGUCCCAACACCCGUGCCGACAGCAAGGCUCAAAGCACUCAAGAAAAAUUAAUUGCAUGUACUUGUAAAUAUAUAUCAUGGAUGUAAUGAUCACUGACAAAUGAUAGCACGGAAGAAGUCAAUCCACAAUAACGAGAAACACAGAUUUCUCAAUCUUAUCAAUCUAGCAUAUAAUGGCAUAGGAUUCCCAAGCACCUUUAACAAACAUUCCUGCAUCUAUUUUCAAGUUUGGCAAUGAUUACAGUAAAUGUAUCAGAUAAAAAUGCUCCCUCAUGCUUGUAAGAGCCUCCCCAACACCCCAAAGCAUGCAGCACAUGUUACCACCGCACAAGAUGAGAGGACAAGUUCUAAUCUAUCUUCUACUAGUAUGGCUCCUGCUUGCAGUUUCUCAGCUCCAGGAAUCCCAAAUCAAUGUUCAAGCUAUUGAAUCAGUUCACUUCAAGCUCAGACCUAGAAGCCCCAUGCCAAAGUCACGCACUAGAAAUGCAUUGCCUACCUGGGUUGAAACAAAGAAGAUUCAUAAAUCCCCAUCUGGACCCAACCCAGUAGGAAAUCACCGCCCACCGUCUAGGGAAUAAGUCAGUGGAUGCAACAGCCAGCAUAGGAAAUAGAAUGAGGGUAGCAUGAUCUGGUUUGAAUG